GGGAAAGAGCUCACUUAAGAAAUUUCUGUCCAAAUCCAUGAGAAAUCAGGAGCAGGAGAAAAGGAACCUAGAAACAGCAAUGAAGACCUUUUGGGCUUGCAUCCACAUUUUGCUUCUAGAAGCCAGGAGCCAUAAGUUAAUGGGAAAGCAGCAACCCAGCUACAUCAGAGAGGCUCGGUCUUCUAACAGCUGUCUGGACCUGGGGAGGGAGAAGGGUUAACAAGAGCUACAGAAAGGAAAGAAAAAAAUCCGUACAAACCAAUGGUUUUCCGAAAGAGAAUAACCGCAUUGCCUUGAGUUUGUAGGUGCCACUACUACUCUGAGAAAAUGGCGGACGACGAAGAAUAUGAAGAGGUGGUGGAGUACUACACGGAGGAGACAGUGUAUGAAGAGGCGCCAGGAGAGACAAUAACAAAAAUCAUUGAAACUACGACUACAAGGACAACACCUGGCUAUGAUGAAUCAAAAACUUCCAAACCAGCACUGGUACAGCCAGAACCGGCAAAGCCAAUGAAGAGGAAGAAGGUCAUCCGGAAGGAGGUGGACUCUUCCAAAUUCAUGACCCCUUACAUUGAGCACAGUCAGAAAAUGCAGAAUCUGUUUAGCCCAAAUAAAUAUAAAGAGAAGUUUGAGAAAGUAAAAGGACAGCCAUACGCCAGCACAAGUGAUACUCCAGAACUUCGCAGAAUCAAGAAAGUACAAGAUCAACUCAGUGAGGUUAAGUAUCGAAUGGAUGGCGAUGUCGCUAAGACUAUCUGUCAUGUAGAUGAAAAAGCAAAAGAUAUUGAACAUGCAAAGAAAGUGUCGCAGCAAGUCAGCAAGGUUUUAUACAAGCAGAACUGGGAAGACACCAAGGAUAAGUACCUGCUUCCCCCUGAUGCCCCUGAACUUGUCCAGGCCAUUAAGAACACAGCCAUGUUCAGUAAGAAACUGUACACUGAAGACUGGGAAGCAGACAAAAGUUUGUUUUACCCAUAUAAUGACAGCCCGGAACUGAGGAGAGUUGCCCAGGCCCAGAAAGCUCUCAGUGAUAUUGCCUACAAAAAAGGUCACACUGAACAACAGUCUCAAUUCACACCUCUGGCUGAUCCUCCAGAUAUAGAAUUUGCCAAGAAAGUAACCAAUCAAGUGAGCAAGCAAAAAUACAAAGAAGACUACGAAAAUAAAGUCAAAGGCAAAUGGAGUGAGACACCUUGUUUUGAAAUUGCAACUGCCAGAAUGAAUGCUGACAACAUCAGCACAAGGAAAUAUCAGGAAGAUUUUGAGAACCUAAAAGACCAGAUCUACUUCAUGCAGACCGAAACACCGGAAUAUAAAAUGAAUAAACAAGCUGGGGUGGCAGCUAGCAAGGUAAAAUACAAGGAAGACUAUGAAAAAAAUAAAGGAAAAGCAGACUAUAAUGUACUUCCUGCUUCAGAGAACCCACUGCUCAGGCAGCUGAAGGCUGCAGGAAAUGCCUUAAGUGAUAAAAUAUACAAGGAAAACUAUGAAAAGACAAAGGCAAAGAGCAUAAAUUACUGUGAGACCCCCAAAUUUAAGCUGGAUGCAGUUUUGCAGAACUUCAGUAGUGAUACCAAAUAUAAAGAUUCCUACGUAAAGAAUAUUUUGGGACACUAUGUAGGCAGUUUUGAAGAUCCGUAUCAUUCACACUGCAUGAGAGUCUCAGCUCAAAACAGUGAUAAAAACUACAAAGCAGAAUAUGAAGAGGACAGAGGCAAAGGCUUCUUCCCUCAGACCAUAACUCGGGAAUAUGAAGCAAUCAAGAAACUGGAUCAGUGUAAAGAUCAUACCUACAAAGUCCAUCCAGAUAAGACAAAAUUCACUCAAGUGACCGACUCUCCCAUUCUGGUACAAGCCCAAGUCAAUUCCAAACAACUGAGCGAUCUAAAUUACAAAGCCAAACAUGAAAAUGAAAAGUUCAAGUGCCAUGUACCUCCUGAUACUCCUGCCUUCAUCCAGCACAAAGUUAAUGCUUAUAACCUGAGUGAUAAUGUUUAUAAGCAAGACUGGGAGAAGAGCAAAGCUAAGAAGUUUGACAUCAAAGUGGACGCCAUUCCCCUGCUGGCAGCCAAGGCCAACAGCAAGAACAUUAGCGAUGUGAUGUACAAGAAAGACUAUGAAAAGAACAAAGGGAAAAUGAUUGGUGCCCUCAGCAUUAAUGAUGAUCCCAAGAUGCUGCACUCUUUGAAGACAGCCAAAAACCAGAGUGAUAGAUUAUACAAGGAAAACUAUGAGAAGACAAAGGCAAAGAGCAUGAAUUACUGUGAGACCCCCAAAUAUCACCUUGACACCCUGCUGAAGAACUUCAGUGAGGCUAAAUAUAAAGAUUCAUAUGUAAAGAACAUUUUGGGACAUCAUGUAGGCAGCUUUGAGGACCCACAUCAAACACACUGCAUGAAAGUUUCUGCUCAAAAUAGUGACAAAAGCUACAAAGCAGAAUAUGAAGAAGAUAGAGGGAAAUGCUAUUUCCCUCAGACAAUAACACAAGAAUAUGAAGCAAUCAAGAAGCUAGACCAGUGUAAAGACCAUACCUACAAAGUUCACCCGGAUAAGACUAAAUUCACAGCGGUCACUGAUUCUCCUGUACUUUUGCAAGCACAGCUCAAUACCAAGCAGCUCAGUGAUCUGAAUUACAAAGCAAAACAUGAAAGUGAGAAGUUCAAGUGCAACGUGCCUGUGGAUGCUCCACAGUUCAUCCAACACAGAGUCAAUGCCUAUAACCUGAGUGACAAUGUUUAUAAGCAAGACUGGGAGAAGAGCAAAGCUAAGAAGUUUGACAUCAAAGUGGACGCCAUUCCCCUGCUGGCAGCCAAGGCCAACAGCAAGAACAUUAGCGAUGUGAUGUACAAGAAAGAAUAUGAAAAGAACAAAGGGAAAAUGAUUGGUGCCCUCAGCAUUAAUGAUGAUCCCAAGAUGCUGCACUCUUUGAAGACAGCCAAAAACCAGAGUGAUCGUGAAUAUCGUAAAGCCUAUGAAAAGUCAAAAACUGUCUACACAGCACCUCUUGAUAUGCUCCAAGUCACUCAAGCUAAGAAAUCUCAAGAGAUUGCCAGCGAUGUGGACUACAGGCACAUCUUACACAACUACAAUUACCCGCCAGACAGUGUCAACAUGGACCUCGCCAAGAAGGCAUAUGCACUGCAGAGUGACGUUGAAUACAAAGCUGACUACAACAGCUGGAUGAAAGGUUGUGGCUGGAUGCCUUUCGGGUCCCUGGAAAUGGAAAAGGCAAAGCGAGCUUCUGAUAUCCUUAAUGAGAAAAAGUAUCGCCAACAUCCAGACACACUUAAGUUUACCUCAAUUGAAGAUGCUCCAAUUACAGUACAGUCCAAAAUUAACCAGGCGCAGAGAAGUGAUAUCGCUUACAAAGCCAAAGGAGAGGAAAUUCUGCACAAAUACAGCCUGCCAGCAGACCUGCCACAAUUCAUUCAGGCUAAAGUUAAUGCCUAUAAUAUCAGCGAGACCACAUACAAAGCUGACCUGAAAGACUUGAGCAAGAAGGGCUAUGACCUGAGAACCGAUGCGAUUCCCAUCAAAGCUGCCAAGGCUGCCAGGCAGGCAGCCAGUGACGUUCAGUACAAAAAAGAUUAUGAAAAAGCUAAAGGGAAGAUGGUUGGCUUCCAAAGUCUCCAAGAUGAUCCUAAACUGGUACAUUAUAUGAAUGUGGCCAAAAUACAAUCGGACCGGGAGUAUAAAAAAGACUAUGAAAAGAUGAAGACCAAAUACAACACACCUCACGACAUGUUCAAUGUUGUGGCAGCCAAGAAAGCACAGGAUGUCAUCAGCAAUGUCAACUACAAGCAUUCUCUGCACCAUUACACCUACCUGCCUGACGCCGUGAACCUGGAAUUGUCUAAAAACGUGAUGCACAUACAGAGUGAUAAUGCCUACAAAGAGGACUACAACACCUGGAUGAAGGGCAUUGGCUGGAUACCCAUCGGUAGUCUCGAUUUAGAAAAAGUCAAAAAGGCGGGCGAUGCCCUGAACGAAAAGAAGUACAGGCAGCACCCAGAUACCCUCAAGUUCACUAGCAUCGUGGACUCCCCUGUUAUGGUCCAGGCAAAGCAGAACACUCAGCAAGUCAGUGAUGUCUUAUACAAAGCUAAAGGAGAAGAUGUAAAGCAUAAAUACACAAUCAGUCCUGAUCUUCCACAGUUUCUCCAGGCCAAGUGUAAUGCUUACAACAUAAGUGAUGUCUGUUACAAACGGGACUGGCAUGAUUUAAUAGCUAAGGGCAACAAUGUCCUGGCCGAUGCUAUUCCCAUCGCUGCAGCCAAGUCAUCAAGAAACAUUGCCAGUGAUUACAAAUACAAAGAAGCACAUGAGAAGUCGAAGGGAAAGCAUGUGGGUUUUAGAAGCCUCCAGGAUGAUCCGAAGCUGGUCCAUUACAUGAAUGUGGCAAAGCUGCAGUCUGAUCGUGAAUACAAGAAGAACUAUGAGAAUACCAAAACCAGCUACCAUACCCCUGGGGACAUGGUUAGCAUUACAGCUGCAAAGAUGGCCCAGGAUGUGGCCACCAAUGUGAACUACAAACAGCCGCUACAUCACUACACGUACCUACCUGAUGCCAUGAGUUUUGAGCACACAAGGAAUGCGAAUCAAAUUCAGAGUGAUAAUGUGUAUAAAGAUGAGUACAACAACUUCUUGAAGGGCAUUGGGUGGAUCCCUAUUGGCUCUCUGGAGGUUGAAAAGGCCAAGAAGGCAGGCGAUGCAUUAAAUGAGCGGAAGUAUCGACAGCACCCAGAUACUAUCAAGUUCACAAGUGUGCCUGACUCCAUGGGCAUGGUUUUGGCUCAGCAGAACACAAAGCAACUAAGUGAUCUGAACUAUAAGGUGGAGGGAGAGAAAGUGAAGCACAAGUACACAAUAGACCCUGACUUGCCUCAGUUUAUUCAAGCCAAGGUCAACGCCUUCAACAUGAGUGAUGCUCAUUAUAAAGCAGACUGGAAGAAAACCCUUGCUAAGGGCUAUGAUUUGAGAACAGACGCUAUUCCCAUCGUUGCCGCAAAAAGUUCAAGGAAUAUCGCAAGCGAUUGCAAAUAUAAAGAGGCUUAUGAGAAAGCCAAAGGCAAGCAGAUUGGAUUUCUCAGUCUUCAAGAUGAUCCUAAACUGGUUCACUACAUGAAUGUGGCCAAAAUACAAUCAGAUCGUGAGUACAAGAAAGGCUACGAAGCCAGCAAGACCCGGUACCACACACCUUUGGAUAUGUUCAGUGUGACUGCUGCAAAGAAAUCUCAGGAGGUUGCUACCAAUACCAACUACAGACAGCCCUUCCACAACUACACGCUUCUGCCCGAUGCCUUGAACGUGGAGCACUCCAGGAAUGCCAUGCAGAUUCAGAGUGAUAAUCUCUACAAAUCUGACUUCACAAACUGGAUGAAAGGGAUCGGCUGGAUCCCAAUAGAGUCCUUGGAGGUGGAGAAAGCAAAGAAAGCAGGAGAGAUUCUCAGUGAGAAGAAGUAUCGCCAGCACCCGGAGAAGCUGAAGUUCACAUAUGGCAUGGACACAAUGGAGCAGGAACUUAACAAAAGCAACAAACUGAAUAUGGAUAAGAGGCAGUAUACUGAAAAAUGGAACAAAGACAAGUCUACAAUUCAUGUCAUGCCUGAUACUCCAGACAUUUUACUCUCCAGAGUAAACCAAAUCACCAUGAGUGAUAAACUCUACAGAGCUGGCUGGGAAGAAGAAAAGAAGAAAGGAUAUGAUCUGAGGCCUGACGCCAUCUCUAUAAAGGCUGCAAAAGCCUCAAGAGACAUUGCCAGUGAUUACAAAUACAAGCAAGCCUAUGAACAAGCCAAAGGGAAACACAUUGGCUUCCAGAGCCUGGAAGACGACCCCAAGCUGGUGCACUUCAUGCAGGUGGCCAAGAUGCAGUCAGACCGAGAAUACAAGAAGGGAUAUGAGAAAUCCAAGACAUCCUUCCACACCCCUGUGGACAUGUUCAGUGUGGUGGCUGCCAAGAAGUCUCAGGAAGUGGCCACUAAUGCCAACUACAGGAACAUAAUCCAUACCUACAACAUGCUUCCUGAUGCCAUGAGCUUUGAAUUGGCCAAGAAUAUGAUGCAGAUUCAAAGUGAUAAUCAGUACAAAGCUGACUAUGCUAACUUCAUGAAGGGCAUUGGCUGGCUCCCUCUGGGCUCUCUGGAAGCUGAGAAAAAUAAGAAAGCCAUGGAAAUUAUUAGUGAAAAGAAGUACCGGCAGCAUCCAGACACUUUGAAGUAUUCCACAUUGAUGGACUCAAUGAACAUGGUUUUGGCCCAGAAUAAUGCAAAAAUUAUGAAUGAACAACUCUACAAACAAGCAUGGGAAGCUGACAAGACCAAAGUCCACAUCAUGCCUGAUAUCCCUGAGAUUAUUUUGGCAAAGGCAAAUGCAAUUAAUAUGAGUAAUAAAAUCUACAAACUUUCUUUGGAAGAGUCUAAAAAGAAAGGCUACGAUCUCAGGACAGAUGCAAUUCCUAUCAAAGCCGCCAAGGCCUCGAGAGAUAUUGCAAGCGAUUAUAAAUAUAAGUACAACUAUGAAAAGGAGAAGGGAAAAAUGGUUGGUUUUCGCAGCCUUGAGGAUGAUCCCAAACUGGUCCAUUCCAUGCAAGUGGCUAAGAUGCAAUCUGAUCGAGAGUACAAGAAAAACUAUGAGAAGACGAAGACCAGCUACCACACCCCUGCUGAUAUGCUUAGUGUCACAGCCGCCAAGGAUGCCCAAGCCAAUAUCACCAACACUAACUACAAGCACCUGAUUCACAAGUACAUCCUCCUUCCGGAUGCAAUGAACAUUGAGCUGACCAGGAAUAUGAAUCAUAUACAGAGUGAUAAUGAAUAUAAACAAGACUACAAUGAAUGGUACAAAGGCCUUGGCUGGAGUCCUGCUGGUUCUCUAGAAGUGGAGAAGGCCAAGAAAGCCACAGAGUAUGCCAGCGAUCAGAAAUAUCGCCAGCAUCCUAGCAACUUCCAGUUUAAGAAGCUGAAUGAUUCCAUGGACAUGGUGCUGGCCAAGCAGAAUGCGCAUACCAUGAACAAGCAUUUAUACACUGUUGAUUGGAAUAAAGAUAAGACCAAGAUUCAUGUGAUGCCUGAUACACCAGAUAUUUUACAAGCCAAGCAGAAUCAAACACUAUAUAGUCAGAAAUUCUAUAAACUUGGAUGGGAAGAAGCUUUGAAGAAAGGCUAUGAUCUCCCAAUUGAUGCAAUUUCUGUACAACUGGCCAAAACAUCAAGAGACAUCGCUAGUGAUUUUAAAUAUAAACAAGGCUACCGGAAGCAACUUGGACACCAUAUUGGAUUCCGGAGUUUGCAGGAUGACCCAAAACUUGUAUUGUCUAUGAAUGUAGCCAAAAUGCAGAGUGAAAGAGAAUAUAAGAAAGACUUUGAGAAGUGGAAAACCAAGUACACAAGUCCUGUGGACAUGUUGGGUGUGGUGCUGGCCAAGAAGUGUCAAGCCUUGGUUAGUGAUGUGGACUACAAGCACCACUUGCACCAGUGGACGUGCCUGCCUGACCAGAAUGAUGUUAUCCAAGCUAAAAAAGUGUAUGAACUACAAAGCGAGAAUUUGUAUAAGUCUGACCUUGAGUGGCUAAGAGGCAUAGGAUGGAGUCCACUGGGUUCUUUGGAAGCAGAAAAAAAUAAGCGGGCUUCAGAAAUCAUCAGUGAGAAGAAAUAUCGUCAGCCUCCAGACAAAAACAAGUUUACUAGCAUUCCUGAUGCCAUGGACAUAGUUUUGGCAAAGACAAAUGCCAAAAAUAGGAGUGAUAGACUGUAUAGAGAAGCUUGGGACAAGGACAAGACUCAAAUUCACAUCAUGCCAGAUACACCUGACAUUAUUCUGGCUAAGGCAAACUUGAUCAAUACAAGUGAUAAACUCUACCGAAUGGGUUAUGAAGAGCUGAAGAAAAAGGGUUAUGAUCUUCCAGUGGAUGCCAUACCAAUCAAAGCAGCAAAAGCAUCCCGGGAAAUUGCCAGUGAAUACAAGUACAAAGAAGGCUUUCGAAAGCAACUGGGCCACCACAUUGGUGCACGGAACAUUAAGGAUGACCCCAAGAUGAUGUGGUCCAUGCACGUGGCCAAGAUCCAGAGUGACAGGGAGUACAAGAAGGACUUUGAGAAGUGGAAGACCAAGUACAGCAGCCCAGUGGACAUGCUGGGGGUGGUGCUAGCCAAGAAGUGCCAGACCCUCGUAAGCGACAUAGACUACAAGCACCACCUGCACCAGUGGACGUGUCUGCCUGACCAGAGUGACGUCAUCCAUGCUCGGCAGGCCUAUGACCUCCAGAGCGAUAAUUUGUACAAGUCUGAUCUUAAUUGGCUAAAAGGCAUUGGCUGGAUACCCACUGGUUCUCUUGAGGAUGAGAAGAACAAAAGAGCUACUCAAAUUUUGAGUGACCAUGUCUACCGUCAACACCCAGAUAAAUUCAAGUUUUCCAGCCUUAUGGAUUCCAUACCUAUGGUUUUGGCAAAAAACAAUGCUAUUACCAUGAACCAUCACCUCUAUACAGAAGGCUGGAAUAAAGAUAAAACUACUAUCCACAUUAUGCCAGACACCCCUGAAGUUUUACUAGCUAAACAAAACAAAAUAAACUAUAGCGAGAAAUUAUAUAAGCUUGGCCUAGAAGAAGCCAGGAAGAAAGGCUAUGAUAUGCGACUUGAUGCCAUUCCCAUCAAGGCAGCCAAGGCCUCCAGAGACAUUGCAAGUGAUUUCAAGUACAAAGAAGGCUACCGAAAGCAGCUUGGUCACCAUAUUGGUGCUCGAGCGAUUCAUGAUGACCCGAAGAUGAUGUGGUCCAUGCACGUGGCCAAGAUCCAGAGUGACAGGGAGUACAAGAAGGACUUUGAGAAGUGGAAGACCAAGUUCAGCAGCCCAGUGGACAUGCUGGGGGUGGUGCUGGCCAAGAAGUGCCAGACCCUCGUAAGCGACAUAGACUACAAGCACCACCUGCAUCAGUGGACGUGUCUGCCUGACCAGAGCGACGUCAUCCAUGCUCGGCAGGCCUAUGACCUCCAAAGCGAUAAUUUGUACAAGUCUGAUCUUAAUUGGCUAAAAGGCAUUGGCUGGAUACCCACUGGUUCUCUUGAGGAUGAGAAGAACAAAAGAGCUACUCAAAUUUUGAGUGACCAUGUCUACCGUCAACACCCAGAUAAAUUCAAGUUUUCCAGCCUUAUGGAUUCCAUACCUAUGGUUUUGGCAAAAAACAAUGCUAUUACCAUGAACCAUCACCUCUAUACAGAAGGCUGGAAUAAAGAUAAAACUACUAUCCACAUUAUGCCAGACACCCCUGAAGUUUUACUAGCUAAACAAAACAAAAUAAACUAUAGCGAGAAAUUAUAUAAGCUUGGCCUAGAAGAAGCCAGGAAGAAAGGCUAUGAUAUGCGACUUGAUGCCAUUCCCAUCAAGGCAGCCAAGGCCUCCAGAGACAUUGCAAGUGAUUUCAAGUACAAAGAAGGCUACCGAAAGCAGCUUGGUCACCAUAUUGGUGCUCGAGCGAUUCAUGAUGACCCGAAGAUGAUGUGGUCCAUGCACGUGGCCAAGAUCCAGAGUGACAGGGAGUACAAGAAGGACUUUGAGAAGUGGAAGACCAAGUUCAGCAGCCCAGUGGACAUGCUGGGGGUGGUGCUGGCCAAGAAGUGCCAGACCCUCGUAAGCGACAUAGACUACAAGCACCACCUGCACCAGUGGACGUGUCUGCCUGACCAGAGCGACGUCAUCCAUGCUCGACAGGCCUAUGACCUCCAGAGCGAUAAUUUGUAUAAGUCAGAUCUCCAGUGGAUGAGAGGCAUUGGCUGGGUGCCCAUUGGCUCUUUGGAUGUGGAAAAAUGCAAAAGGGCAACUGAGAUUUUGAGUGAUAAGAUUUAUCGUCAGCCUCCAGACAAAUUCAAGUUUACCAGUGUGACUGAUUCUCUGGAACAAGUGUUGGCUAAGAAUAAUGCCAUCACUAUGAACAAGCGUUUGUACACAGAAUCCUGGGACAAAGACAAGACGCAGAUCCACAUAAUGCCAGAUACACCAGAAAUUACGUUGGCAAGAAUGAACAAAAUCAACUACAGUGAGAGUCUGUAUAAACUUGCCAAUGAGGAAGCCAAGAAGAAGGGCUAUGACUUGAGAAGUGACGCCAUCCCCAUUGUGGCAGCCAAGGCCUCCAGAGACAUCGCCAGUGAUUACAAAUACAAAGAUGGAUACCGCAAGCAAUUGGGCCACCACAUCGGUGCACGGAACAUUGAGGAUGACCCCAAGAUGAUGUGGUCCAUGCACGUGGCCAAGAUCCAGAGUGACAGGGAGUACAAGAAGGACUUUGAGAAGUGGAAGACCAAGUUCAGCAGCCCAGUGGACAUGCUGGGGGUGGUGCUGGCCAAGAAGUGCCAGACCCUCGUAAGCGACAUAGACUACAAGCACCACCUGCACCAGUGGACGUGUCUGCCUGACCAGAGUGACGUCAUCCAUGCUCGGCAGGCCUAUGACCUCCAGAGCGACAAUGUGUACAAAUCAGAUCUGCAGUGGCUGAAAGGCAUCGGCUGGGUCCCCAUUGGUUCACUGGAUGUGGUCAAGUGCAAGAGAGCUGCAGAGAUCCUGAGUGAUAACAUCUACCGCCAGCCUCCAGACAAGCUGAAGUUUACCAGCGUGCCCGAUUCUCUGGAACAGGUGCUGGCCAAGAGCAAUGCCCUCAACAUGAACAAGGUGAUUGCGCGUGUGUAUACAGAGGCCUGGGACAAAGACAAGACUCAAAUUCAUAUGAUGCCUGAUACACCGGAGAUCAUGUUGGCAAGGCAGAACAAAAUCAACUACAGUGAGACUCUGUAUAAACUUGCCAAUGAGGAAGCAAAGCAGAAAGGCUAUGACCUGCGAGUUGAUGCUAUCCCAAUCGUGGCAGCCAAGGCCUCCAGAGACAUCGCCAGUGAUUACAAAUACAAAGAUGGAUACCGCAAGCAAUUGGGCCAUCAUAUUGGAGCACGCAACAUUGAGGAUGACCCCAAGAUGAUGUGGUCCAUGCAUGUGGCCAAGAUCCAGAGUGACAGGGAGUACAAGAAGGACUUUGAGAAGUGGAAGACCAAGUACAGCAGCCCAGUGGACAUGCUGGGGUUGGUGCUGGCCAAGAAGUGCCAGACCCUCGUAAGUGACAUAGACUACAAGCACCACCUGCACCAGUGGACGUGUCUGCCCGACCAGAACGAUGUCAUCCAUGCUCGGCAGGCCUAUGACCUCCAGAGCGAUAAUGUUUAUAAAUCUGAUCUGCAAUGGCUGAGAGGCAUCGGCUGGGUCCCCAUCGGGUCAGUGGAUGUGGUCAAGUGCAAGAGAGCUGCAGAGAUCCUGAGUGAUAACAUCUACCGCCAGCCUCCAGACAAGCUGAAGUUUACCAGCGUGCCCGAUUCUCUGGAACAGGUGCUGGCCAAGAGCAAUGCCCUCAACAUGAACAAGCGUUUGUAUACAGAGGCCUGGGACAAAGACAAGACUCAAAUUCAUAUGAUGCCUGAUACACCGGAGAUCAUGUUGGCAAGGCAGAACAAAAUCAACUACAGUGAGACUCUGUAUAAACUUGCCAAUGAGGAAGCAAAGCAGAAAGGCUAUGACCUGCGAGUUGAUGCUAUCCCAAUCGUGGCAGCCAAGGCCUCCAGAGACAUCGCCAGUGAUUACAAAUACAAAGAUGGAUACCGCAAACAAUUGGGCCAUCAUAUUGGAGCACGCAACAUUGAGGAUGACCCCAAAAUGAUGUGGUCCAUCCAUGCGGCCAAGAUCCAGAGUGACAGGGAGUACAAGAAGGACUUUGAGAAGUGGAAGACCAAGUACAGCAGCCCAGUGGACAUGCUGGGGUUGGUGCUGGCCAAGAAGUGCCAGACCCUCGUAAGUGACAUAGACUACAAGCACCACCUGCACCAGUGGACGUGUCUGCCCGACCAGAACGAUGUCAUCCAUGCUCGGCAGGCCUAUGACCUCCAGAGCGAUAAUGUUUAUAAAUCUGAUCUGCAAUGGCUGAGAGGCAUCGGCUGGGUCCCCAUCGGGUCAGUGGAUGUGGUCAAGUGCAAGAGAGCUGCAGAGAUCCUGAGUGAUAACAUCUACCGCCAGCCUCCAGACAAGCUGAAGUUUACCAGCGUGCCCGAUUCUCUGGAACAGGUGCUGGCCAAGAGCAAUGCCCUCAACAUGAACAAGCGCUUGUACACAGAAGCCUGGGACAAAGACAAGACCCAAAUCCAUAUUAUGCCUGAUACACCUGAAAUUAUGUUGGCAAGACAAAAUAAAAUAAAUUAUAGUGUGAGCCUCUAUCGCCAGGCCAUGGAAGAAGCCAAGAAAGAAGGCUAUGACUUACGAAGUGAUGCCAUCCCCAUUGUGGCUGCCAAGGCCUCUCGGGAUAUUGCCAGUGAUUACAAAUACAAAGAAGGCUACCGUAAGCAGUUGGGUCACCACAUUGGUGCCCGAGCGAUACAUGAUGACCCCAAGAUGAUGUGGUGCGUACACGUCGCCAAAAUGCAGAGUGACCGCGAGUACAAGAAAGAAUUUGAGAAGUACAAGACACGGUACAGCAGCCCAGUGGACAUGUUGGGUAUUGUUUUAGCCAAGAAGUGUCAAACCUUGGUCAGUGACGUGGAUUACAAACAUCUUCUGCACGAGUGGACCUGCCUGCCUGACCAGAACGAUGUUAUUCAGGCACGAAAAGCCUAUGACCUCCAGAGUGAUAAUAUUUAUAAGUCAGACCUUGAGUGGAUGAAAGGCAUUGGCUGGGUACCAAUAGGUUCCGUGGAAGUUCUUAAAGCCAAAAGAGCCACAGAGAUACUGAGUGAUAAUAUCUACCGCCAGCGUCCAGAUGCACUAAAGUUCACCAGUGUUACCGACUCUCCAGAGCAGGUGUUGGCGAAGAAUAAUGCGAUAAACAUGAAUAAGCGCUUAUAUAUUGAAGCCUGGGAAAAUGACAAGAAAACAAUCCACGUCAUGCCUGACACACCAGAAAUCAUGCUAGCCAAACUCAACCGAAUAAACUACAGUGACAAACUCUAUAAACUUGCUUUGGAAGAGUCCAAGAAGGAGGGCUAUGACUUGCGCCUGGACGCUAUUCCAAUCCAAGCUGCCAAGGCUUCAAGAGACAUUGCCAGUGAUUACAAGUACAAGGAAGGCUACCGCAAACAGCUUGGCCACCAUAUUGGAGCACGGAACAUUGAGGAUGACCCCAAGAUGAUGUGGUCCAUCCAUGCGGCCAAGAUCCAGAGUGACAGGGAGUACAAGAAGGACUUUGAGAAGUGGAAGACCAAGUUCAGCAGCCCAGUGGACAUGCUGGGGGUGGUGCUGGCCAAGAAGUGCCAGAUCCUCGUAAGCGACAUAGACUACAAGCAUCCGCUACAUGAGUGGACGUGCCUGCCAGAUCAGAAUGAUGUCAUUCAGGCUCGGAAAGCUUAUGACCUGCAGAGUGAUGCUAUUUACAAGGCGGACCUUGAGUGGCUGAGAGGCAUUGGAUGGGUUCCCAUUGGCUCUGUGGAGGUUGAGAAGGUUAAGAGAGCUGGAGAAAUCCUGAGUGACAGGAAGUACCGUCAGCCUGCAGACCAGCUCAAAUUCACGUGCAUUGCAGACACCCCAGAAAUUGUCCUGGCAAAGAACAACACCCUCACAAUAAGCAAGCAUUUGUACACAGAAGCUUGGGAUGCUGACAAAACCUCUAUCCACGUGAUGCCAGACACUCCAGAAAUUCUGCUGGCCAAGAGCAAUUCUGCCAACAUUAGUCAAAAACUUUAUACCAAAGGAUGGGACGAGUCAAAGAUGAAGGACUAUGAUCUGAGACAAGAUGCUAUUUCCAUCAAAAGCGCCAAGGCCUCCAGGGAUAUUGCCAGUGAUUAUAAAUACAAGGAAGCAUAUGAGAAACAGAAAGGCCACCACAUCGGAGCUCAAAGCAUUGAAGAUGAUCCUAGGAUUAUGUGUGCCAUACAUGCAGGGAAGAUCCACAGUGACAGGGAAUACAAGAAGGAAUUCCAGAAGUGGAAGACCAAGUUCAGUAGCCCAGUGGACAUGUUGGGAAUCUUGCUGGCCAAGAAAUGUCAGACUUUGGUCAGUGAUAUUGAUUAUCGCAACUACCUGCAUCACUGGACGUGCUUACCUGACCAAAAUGAUGUUAUCCAAGCAAAGAAGGCCUAUGAUCUGCAGAGUAAUAAUGUGUACAAAGCAGACCUAGAAUGGCUGCGUGGCAUUGGCUGGAUGCCAGAAGGCUCUGUAGAAAUGACCAGAGUCAAGAAUGCUCAGGAUCUGGUGAAUGAAAGGCUGUACAAGACCCCACGAGAAGCCUUGAAAUUCACCUGCAUUGUGGACACUCCGGAAAUUGUCCUGGCCAAAGCCAACUCUCUGCAAAUGAGUGAAAAGCUGUAUCAAGAAGCCUGGAACAAAGAUAAAACCAACAUCUCCAUCCCUUCAGAUACUCCAGUCAUGCUGCAGGCCCAUAUCAAUGCCUUGCAAAUCAGCAAUAAACUGUACCAGAAAGACUGGGAUGAAGCCAAGCAGAAAGGCUAUGACUUAAGAGCUGACGCCAUUGAAAUCAAACACGCCAAAGCCUCCAGAGAAAUUGCUAGUGAGUACAAAUACAAGGAAGGCUACCGCAAGCAACUAGGCCACCACGUGGGUUUCCGCACCUUACAAGAUGACCCUAAAUUGGUAUGGUCUAUACAUGCUGCCAAGAUCCAGAGUGACAGAGAGUACAAGAAAGCUUAUGAGAAGUCUAAAGGAAUUUACAACACACCUUUGGACAUGAUGUCAAUUGUUCAAGCCAAGAAAUGCCAGGUCCUGGUUAGCGACAUUGAUUAUCGCAAUUAUCUGCACCAGUGGACAUGCCUACCAGAUCAAAAUGAUGUGAUCCAGGCUAAGAAAGCCUACGAACUGCAGAGCGAUAACGUAUACAAAUCAGACUUGGAAUGGAUGAAGGGUAUCGGAUGGUUGACAGAGGGUUCUGUGGAUGUUCUGAGAGUGAAGAAUGCUCAAAAUCUUUUGAAUGAAAGACUGUAUCGUAUAAGACCAGAGGCUCUCAAAUUCACCAGCAUUGUUGAUACACCUGAAGUGGUCCUGGCAAAGACCAAUGCUCUACAGAUCAGUGAGCCAUUGUAUCGUGAUGCCUGGGACAAAGAGAAGGCUAAUGUGAAUGUGCCAGCUGACACUCCUGUGAUGUUGCAGUCCAAACUCAAUGCUAUCCAGAUCAGCAAUAAACACUAUCAGCAAGCUUGGGAAGAUGUCAAAAUGACAGGUUAUGAUAUACAACUAGAUGCCAUUGGGAUCCAGCAUGCCAAGGCCUCCAGGGAUAUAGCCAGUGAUUAUCUAUACAAGAUUACUUAUGAGAAGCAGAAAGGCCACUAUAUUGGAUGUCCCAGUGCCAAGGAAGAUCCAAAGUUAGUUUGGGCAGCAAAUGUGUUGAAGAUGCAGAAUGACAGGCUGUACAAAAAGGCCUACAAUGACCACAAGGCCAAGAUCUCCAUUCCAUCAGACAUGGUGUCCAUCAAUGCUGCCAAAGAAGGCCAGGCGUUGGCAAGUAAUGUGGACUAUCGUCAGUACCUGCACCAGUGGUCUUGCUUUCCUGACCAGAAUGAUGUGAUCCAAGCCAGAAAAGCCUAUGACCUGCAAAGUGAUGCCAUCUACAAGGCUGACCUGGAGUGGCUACGUGGCAUUGGCUGGAUGCCUGAAGGAUCUCCUGAAGUCCUGAGAGUCAAAAAUGCCCAGGAGAUCCUAUCUGACAGUGUCUAUCGGACACCUGCCAUGAAACUCAAGUACACAAGUAUUGUCGACACGCCUGAAGUGGUCCUUGCUAAAUCAAACGCUGAAAAUAUUAGCAUUCCGAGGUACAGAGAAGUUUGGGACAAAGAUAAAACUUCAAUCCACAUAAUGCCAGAUACUCCAGAAAUUAAUCUUGCACGAGCCAAUGCUCUUAAUGUGAGCAAUAAAAUCUACCGCGAGGGAUGGGAUGAAGUGAAGAUGAGCUGUGAUGUGCGGCUGGAUGCCAUCCCUAUCCAGGCUGCCAAGGCCUCCAGGGAGAUUGCCAGUGAUUAUAAAUACAAGCUUGACCAUGAGAAGCAGAAGGGACACUAUGUGGGCACUCGCACAGCCAGGGAUGACAACAAGAUCCGGUGGGCCCUAGUAGCUGGCAAGCUUCAGAAUGAAAGAGAGUACCGGCUGCACUGGGCCAAAUGGAAGAGCAAGUUCCAAAGCCCUGCAGAUAUGCUUUCCAUCUUGCAUUCUAAAACUUCGCAGACCCUGGUCAGCAAUGUUGAUUAUCGUCAUCCUCUGCACCAGUGGACAUGCUUGCCUGACCAGACCGAUGUGAUUCAGGCCAAGAAAGCCUACGAACUGCAAAGUGAUGCUGUUUACAAGGCUGACUUGGAAUGGUUACGUGGAAUUGGGUGGAUGCCAAGUGAUUCUGUUUCUGUCAAUCAUGCCAAACAUGCUGCGGACAUCUUCAGUGAGAAAAAAUAUCGCACAAAAAUAGAAACUCUCAACUUUACUCCCGUGGAUGACAGAGUUGAUUAUAUGACAGCGAAGCAAAGUGGUGAGAUCCUUGAUGAUAUUAAAUACAGGAAAGAUUGGAAUGCCACUAAGUCAAAAUACACUCUCACAGAAACCCCGCUACUGCACACUGCCCAAGAGGCUGCUCGGAUACUGGACCAGUACCUCUACAAGGAAGGCUGGGAGAAACAAAAAGCUACAGGUUAUAUUUUGCCUCCAGAUGCCGUGCCAUUUGUUCACGCCCAUCACUCCGGUGAUGUUCAGAGUGAGCUGAAGUACAAAGCUGAACAUGUGAAGCAGAAAGGUCACUAUGUUGGUGUUCCGACAAUGAGAGAUGACCCUAAACUGGUUUGGUUUGAGCAUGCAAACCAGAUACAGAAUGAGAGACUCUACAAACAGGACUAUCACAAAACAAAGGCCAAAAUCAAUAUACCUGCGGACAUAGUGUCAGUCUUGGCUGCCAAGCAGGGGCAGAGCCUUGUCAGUGAUAUUGAUUACCGCAAUUACCUGCACCAGUGGACGUGUCAUCCUGACCAAAAUGAUGUAAUUCAGGCAAGAAAGGCCUAUGACCUACAGAGUGAUAACAUCUACAAAGCUGACCUGGAGUGGCUCCGAGGCAUUGGUUGGAUCCCCUUGGACUCUGUGGACCAUGUGAGGGUCACUAGGAACCAGGAAAUGGUGAAUCAGAUAAAAUAUAAGAAAGAUGCUCUUGACAACUAUCCCAAUUUUACAAGUGUGGUGGAUCCUCCAGAGAUUGUUUUGGCCAAGAUUAAUUCAGUCAAUCAAAGUGAUGUAAAAUAUAAAGAAACAUUUAAUAAAGCCAAGGGCAAAUAUAUAUUUUCUCCAGAUACACCGUAUAUUUCCCACUCCAAGGACAUGGGAAAACUCUACAGUACUAUACUGUAUAAGGGGGCCUGGGAGGGAACCAAGGCCUAUGGCUAUACUCUGGAUGAGCGUUAUAUUCCCAUUGUUGGAGCCAAGCAUGCCGACCUGGUGAACAGUGAGCUGAAAUACAAAGAGACAUAUGAGAAGCAGAAGGGUCACUACCUGGCUGGAAAAGUAAUCAGUGAGUUCCCUGGUGUGGUUCAUUGUCUGGAUUUCCAGCAGAUGAGGAGUGCGUUGAACUACAGAAAACACUAUGAAGACACAAAGGCAAAUAUUCAUAUCCCCAAUGAUAUGCUGAAUCAUGUGCUGGCUAAAAGGUGCCAGUACAUCCUCAGUGACCUGGAAUAUCGACACUACUUCCACCAGUGGACCUCUCUCCCGGAAGAACCCAAAUUUUUUCACGCCCGAAAUGCCCAAGAGAUAUUAAGUGAUAAUGUAUAUAAAGAUGACUUGAAUUGGCUGAGAGGCAUUGGUUGCUACGUUUGGGAUACGCCCCAGAUCCUCCAUGCCAAGAAAUCAUAUGACCUCCAGAGUCAGAUCCAAUACACAGCAGCAGGUAAAGAAAAUCUACAAAACUAUAAUCUGGUCACAGAUACACCAGUUUAUGUGACUGCUCUUCAAAGUGGCAUUAAUGCCAGUGAGGUGAAAUAUAAAGAAAAUUAUCAUCGGAUUAAGGACAAAUACACCACUAUAGUAGAAACAGUGGAUUAUGACAGGACCAAGAAUCUCAAGAGUCUUUAUAGCAGUAAUCUGUACAAGGAGGCCUGGGAUAAAGUGAAAGCCACCAGCUACAUUCUGCCAACCAGCACCUUGUCCCUGACACACGUCAAGAACCAGAAGCAUCUGGCCAGCCAUGUCAAGUACCGAGAAGAAUAUGAAAAGUUCAAAGCUCUUUACACUUUACCAAGAAGUGUUGAAGAUGAUCCAAACACCGCACGGUGCCUUCGAGUGGGCAAGUUUAACAUUGAUCGCCUGUACAGAUCAGUUUAUGAAAAGAACAAGAUGAAAAUCCACACCCUGCCUGACAUGGUAGAGAUGGUUACUGCCAAGGAUACGCAGAAGAAAGUCAGUGAGGUUGAUUACCGCCUGCACCUGCAUGAAUGGAUUUGCCACCCUGACUUACAAGUUAAUAGUCACGUCAGGAAAGUCACGGAUCAGAUCAGCGAUAUUGUGUACAAGGAUGAUCUCACCUGGCUGAAAGGCAUUGGUUGCUAUGUCUGGGACACUCCUGAAAUUCUCCAUGCCAAACAUGCUUAUGAUCUACGCAAUGAUAUCAAGUACAAAGCUCAUGUGAUGAAAACGAGGAAUGACUACAAGUUGGUCACUGACACACCACUCUACGUUCAGGCUGUCCGAAGUGGGAAGCAGCUGAGUGAUGCUGUUUACCACUAUGACUAUGUGCAUAGUGUCAGAGGCAAGGUGGCACCAACUACCAAAACUGUGGAUCUGGACCGAGCUAUUCAUGCAUACAAGCUGCAGAGUGAGAAUCUGUACAAAACCGGGCUGCGCUUCCUGCCCACUGGGUAUCGGCUCCCAGUUGAUACACCUCACUUCAAACACAGCAAGGACACCCGAUACAUGAGUAGCUAUUUCAAGUACAAAGAAGUCUAUGAACACAUAAAGGCAAAUGGGUAUACACUGGGGCCCAAAGAUGUGCCAUUUGUCCAUGUCCGGAGAGUCAACAGUGUUACUAGUGAGAGACUGUAUCGAGAAUUGUACCAUAAACUGAAAGAUAAGAUUCAUACAACUCCUGACACGCCUGAAAUCCGCCAGGUCAAGAAGACUCAAGAAGCUGUCAGCGAAUUGAUCUACAAAUCAGACUUCUUCAAGAUGCAGGGCCACAUGAUCUCACUGCCAUACACACCCGAAGUAUUGCACUGUCGCUAUGUGGGAGACAUCACCAGUGAUAUUAAAUACAAGGAGGACUUACAGAUCCUGAGGGGACUUGGCUGCUUCCUGUAUGACACUCCUGAUAUGGUCCGUUCCCGACACCUGAAGAAGCUCUGGUCUAAUUACUUGUACACUGACAAUGCAAGGAAGAUGAGAGACAAAUACAAAGUGGUACUUGACACUCCAGAGUACAGAAAAGUACAAGAACUGAAGACCCAUCUGAGUGAGCUGGUGUACAGAGCUGUGGGCAAGAAGCAGAAGUCCAUCUUCACUUCGGUUCCUGAUACUCCUGAUCUUUUAAGAGCCAAGCGAGGGCAGAAGCUUCAGAGCCAGUAUCUGUAUGUUGAACUUGCCACCAAAGAGAGGCCCCAUCAUCAUGCUGGAAACCAGACCACAGCUCUAAAACAUGCUAAAGAUGUGAAGGACAUGGUCAGCGAGAAAAAGUAUAAGAUUCAGUAUGAAAAGAUGAAGGAUAAGUACACCCCUGUUCCAGAUACACCAAUCCUCAUCAGAGCCAAGAGGGCAUACUGGAAUGCCAGUGAUCUUCGCUACAAAGAAACAUUCCAAAAGACCAAAGGGAGAUACCACACUGUGAAGGAUGCUCUGGAUAUUGUUUAUCAUCGUAAAGUCACAGAUGAUAUUAGUAAAGUGAAAUACAAGGAGAAAUACAUGAGCCAGCUGGGAAUCUGGAUGUCCAUUCCUGAUCGCCCAGAGCAUUUCCACCAUCGGGCAGUCACGGAUGCAGUCAGUGAUGUAAAAUAUAAAGAAGACUUUAGGUGGCUUAAAGGCAUUGGUUGUUAUGCCUAUGACACCCCCGAUUUCACUUUGGCUGAACAGAACAAGACUCUCUACAGCAAGUAUAAAUACAAAGAGGUAUUUGAAAGGACCAAGUCAAAUUUCAAGUAUGUUGCUGACUGUCCAAUCAAUAGACAUUUCAAGUAUGCAACUCAAUUGAUGAAUGAGAAAAAAUACAGAGCUGAUUAUGAGCAGCGGAAAGAUAAAUACCACCUGGUAGUGGAUGAGCCUAGACAUCUGCUGGCUAAGACCGCAGGCGACCAGAUCAGUCAGAGAAAAUAUAAAUCUAGUGCCAAGAUGCUUCUGAAACAAGGAUGUAAUGAAAUUCUGCGCCCAGAUAUGUUGACUGCUCUCUACAAUACGCACAUGUGGAGCCAGAUCAAGUACAGGAAAAAUUACGAAAAAUCAAAAGACAAAUUCACUUCUGUCGUGGACACUCCAGAACAUCUGCGUACUACAAAAGUCAACAAACUAAUCAGUGAUAUACUUUAUAAACUGGAAUACAACAAGGCCAAGCCCAGAGGAUACACCACAAUCCAUGACACGCCCAUGUUGCUGCAUGUCCGCAAGGUUAAAGAUGAAGUCAGUGAUCUGAAAUAUAAAGAAGUUUACCAAAGAAAUAAAUCUAACUGCACCAUUAAACCAGAUGCUGUUCAUAUCAAAGCAGCCAAGGAUGCCUACAAAGUUAACACCAAUCUGGACUACAAGAAACAGUAUGAAGCCAACAAAGCCUACUGGAGGUGGACCCCUGACCGACCAGACUUUAUGCAGGCUGCCAAGGCGUCCCUGCAGCAAAGCGAUUUUGAGUACAAGCUGGACCGAGAGUUCCUCAAGGGCUGCAAGCUUUCUGUCACUGAUGACAAAGACAUGGUUCUGGCCCUCAGGAAUUCCUUAAUAGAAAGUGAUCUGAAAUACAAAGAGAAACACGUCAAGGAAAGAGGAACCUGCCAUGCCGUGCCUGACACUCCUCAGAUUCUCCUAGCAAAGACUGUCAGCAGUCUGGUGUCUGAGAACAAAUAUAAGCGCCAUGUCAAGAAGCACCUGGCCGAGGGCUCAUACACAACACUGCCGGAGACCCGGGACACCGUUCAUGUCAAGAAAGUCACCAAGCACGUCAGUGAUACAAAUUACAAAAAGAAAUUUGUCAAGGAGAAAGGAAAGUCCAACUACUCCAUCAUGCAGGAGCCUCCAGAGGUGAAACAUGCCAUGGAAGUGGCCAAGAAGCAGAGUGACGUUGCUUACAAAAAAGAUGCCAAAGAGAACCUGCAUUAUACCACAGUGGCUGAUCGACCAGACAUCAAGAAGGCCACGCAGGCAGCCAAGCAGGCCAGUGAGGUGGAGUACAGAGCCAAGCACCGCAAGGAAGGCAGCCAUGGGUUAAGCAUGCUUGGUCGGCCAGACAUUGAGAUGGCCAAGAAAGCAGCCAAGUUGAGCAGCCAGGUUAAAUACCGAGAAAAUUUUGACAAAGAGAAGGGCAAGGCACCAAAAUACAAUCCAAAAGACAGCCAGCUUUAUAAAAUCAUGAAAGAUGCUAAUAAUCUUGCAAGCGAGGUUAAAUAUAAGGCAGACCUGAAGAAACUUCACAAACCUGUGACUGACAUGAAGGAAUCUCUGAUAAUGCAUCACGUCCUCAACACAAGCCAACUUGCGAGCUCUUACCAGUACAAGAAGAAAUAUGAGAAGAGUAAAGGCCACUACCACACGAUACCAGACAAUCUGGAGCAGCUUCACCUGAAAGAGGCCACAGAGUUACAGAGUAUAGUGAAAUACAAAGAAAAAUAUGAAAAGGAACGAGGAAAGCCCAUGUUGGACUUUGAAACACCAACCUACAUCACUGCCAAGGAAUCUCAGCAGAUGCAGAGUGGGAAAGAAUAUAGGAAAGAUUAUGAAGAGUCCAUUAAAGGCAGAAACCUAACGGGCCUGGAAGUCACGCCAGCUUUAUUACAUGUCAAAUAUGCAACCAAAAUAGCAAGCGAGCGAGAGUACAGGAAAGACCUAGAGGAAAGCAUCCGUGGAAAGGGUCUCACUGAAAUGGAAGAUACUCCUGACAUGGUACGAGCAAAGAAUGCCACUCAAAUUCUCAAUGAGAAAGAAUAUAAGCGAGACCUGGAACUAGAAGUCAAAGGAAGGGGCCUGAAUGCCAUGGCUAAUGAAACUCCAGAUUUUAUGCGUGCCAAGAAUGCUACUGAUAUUGCCAGUCAGAUUAAGUAUAAGCAAUCAGCCGAAAUGGAAAAGGCCAAUUUCACAUCUGUGGUUGAUACUCCAGAGAUCAUUCAUGCCCAACAAGUCAAGAACCUUUCGAGCCAGAAAAAGUACAAAGAAGAUGCAGAGAAGUCCAUGUCGUAUUAUGAGACUGUUUUGGACACCCCAGAGAUGCAGAGAGUUCGGAAGAACCAAAAGGACUUCAGCCUUCUGCAAUACCAGUGUGACCUUAAAAACAGUAAAGGAAAAAUUACAGUUGUUCAAGAUACACCAGAAAUACUACGUGUUAAAGAAAAUCAAAAGAAUUUCAGCUCGGUUUUGUAUAAAGAGGAUGUCUCACCAGGAACAGCAGUUGGGAAGACACCUGAGAUGAUAAGAGUGAAGAAAACACAAGACCACAUUAGCUCGGUGAAGUAUAAAGAAGCAAUUGGACAAGGAACUCCAAUCUCUGACCUGCCUGAAGUAAAACGCGUCAAGGAGACCCAGAAGCACAUUAGCUCGGUUAUGUACAAAGAAAACUUGGGAACAGGCAUUCCAACCACUGUGACUCCAGAGAUUGAAAGAGUCAAACGCAAUCAAGAAAACUUUAGCUCGGUUUUGUACAAAGAAAAUUUGGGAAAAGGAACCCCCACAGCUAUCACUCCAGAGAUGGAGAGAGUCAAACGCAAUCAAGAGAACUUUAGCUCGAUAUUGUACAAAGAGAAUUUGAGCAAAGGGACCCCCCUUCCUGUCACUCCUGAGAUGGAGCGAGUCAAACGCAAUCAAGAAAACUUUAGCUCGGUGUUGUAUAAAGAGAACCUCGGGAAAGGCAUUGCCCUCCCCAUCACUCCAGAGAUGGAGAGAGUCAAACACAAUCAAGAAAAUUUUAGUUCGGUGCUAUACAAAGAGAACUUGGGGACAGGAAUUCCAAUUGCCAUCACUCCUGAGAUGGAGAGAGUCAGACACACUCAAGAAAAUAUUAGCUCGGUGCUAUACAAGGAAAACAUGGGCAAGGGAACCCCUUUACCUGUCACUCCAGAGAUGGAGAGAGUCAAACACAAUCAAGAAAAUAUUAGCUCGGUUUUGUACAAAGAAAAUGUGGGGAAAGCCACCCCAACCCCAGUCACUCCAGAGAUGCAAAGAGUCAAACGCAAUCAAGAAAACAUUAGCUCGGUGCUAUACAAAGAGAACAUGGGGAAAGCAACCCCCACACCCAUUACUCCUGAAAUGGAAAGAGUCAAACGCAAUCAAGAAAAUUUUAGCUCGGUAUUGUACAAAGAAAAUAUGAGAAAAGCAACUUCGACACCUGUUACUCCAGAGAUGGAGAGAGCUAAGCGAAACCAAGAAAACAUUAGCUCGGUUCUUUAUUCUGACAGCUUCAGGAAACAAAUACAAGGCAAAGCCGCCUAUGUCCUAGAUACCCCUGAGAUGAGACGUGUGAGGGAAACCCAACGGCACAUCUCAACAGUGAAAUACCAUGAAGACUUUGAAAAACACAAAGGUUGCUUCACGCCAGUGGUGACAGAUCCUAUCACCGAACGAGUAAAGAAGAACACGCAGGACUUCAGUGACAUUAAUUACCGAGGUAUUCAGAGAAAAGUGGUAGAAAUGGAACAAAAGCGGAAUGACCAGGAUCAAGAGACUGUUACAGGCUUACGUGUCUGGCGGACUAAUCCUGGUUCAGUUUUUGACUAUGAUCCAGCAGAAGACAAUAUUCAGUCCCGAAGCUUACACCUGAUUAAUGUCCAAGCUCAGCGCCGGAGCCGGGAGCAGUCACGAUCUGCCAGUGCACUGAGUAUCAGUGGUGGGGAGGAGAAGUCUGAGCACUCAGAAGCUGCCGACCACCACCUGUCCACCUACAGUGAGGGAGGUGGUUUUUUCUCUACAACUUCAACAGCUUACAAACAUGUAAAAGCCACAGAGCUCCCACAACAAAGAUCAUCUUCAGUUGCUACCCAACAGACAACAUUAUCUUCUCUCCCAUCUCAUCCCUCUACUGCUGGAAAAAUCUUCCGUGCUGUGUAUGACUAUAUGGCUGCAGAUGCAGAUGAGGUGUCCUUCAAAGAUGGAGAUGCUAUCAUAAAUGUUCAAGCUAUUGAUGAAGGUUGGAUGUAUGGCACAGUGCAAAGGACUGGCAGGACUGGCAUGCUCCCAGCCAACUACGUUGAAGCAAUUUAAGCACCUCAAGAAUUCACAUCUGUCUGCAGGACCUACAAAACCUGCAAUCAGUGUUUCAAUUUAGGCUCCAUUGUUAGCCAAUUUCGGAAGCUGCCUAAUGAUUUUCUGUGUCAACAUGUAUGGUAGUACCAUCCAUUUUUUCCUAUAUAAACCCCAAUAAUUCUUAGGUAAGACACAUGUAUCAUUGAUCUGUCCAGUUUUUAAAACAAGACUUACAUCUUCAUUAUUUUCUGGAAUUGCACAUAAACUUGAGACAGUAAACUUGUAAGUUCUUUAUUUUAAAAAGUGCCAUUAUCAAAUUUCCUUUGAUAAAUAUGCCAGCAUACUAGAGAAAAUGGCAGAGAUAAUUUCACCUUUUCCUUGCUUGCUAAAUGCUUAUGCUUGUGCUUCUAAUACAGUUUUGAAGCUAUUAAGGUGACAGUCAGUAUGAAUUGGUGAUGGACUGGUAACUAAUAAAAUCCGUAA